GAUUACUUUGGAUGAUGAUCCUGCCAGUGUGGGCAGCUGGCCUAGCAAUCCCUCCCAGAGAUCCAGCCCUUCCCGCUGCCCUCCCGGGCUGGAUGCUGCGGGGGCUUCAGCUGAGCAUCCCACCAAGGGUCCUGAUCCAUGUGUCACACGGCUGGGUGCAAGCAGGGAGGGAAGCAUCGGAGGCUCAGGGAAUGCCAGGCUCAGGACCCUGCACGCCCUGGGGCUUCCCAGCUUUUUGCUGGAGCCGCUGAGCUGGGAGGGGCUGAGCCGGCAGCUCCCCAUAAACCUGGCGGCUUAGACAACUCCUGACAGAUGUUGGGACUGUGCCUUGGAGCGGAGGUUGGGAAAAGGAGAGGGCGGCUCUUGCCCGGAGAGUGAGGAGGAGAGCUCGGCACCUCUGGGCUUGAACUUUAGCACCCUCUUCCGCAGGAGUUUAACGACGAGGUUCGGCGUGUCCCGAGCGAGCCGGCUGGAUACCGGACAGGCGGAGGGCUGGAGCAGACAAGAACCCAGAGCAACUUUGACGAGGAUUUUGCGGAGCUCUUCGUAAAGGGAGAAAGCCCCAGGAAGGCAGGAAGUGUUUCCAGCGCUCGGGACGCUGGUGAGCGGCCCCGGGCCGGCGGCAGUCGGUGCGAGGAGCCCGUCCUGCCGUGCAGAUGUGUGUGAUUGGAGCAGCGCGGGGUUUAUUUUCCUUUGACUGAAAGCGACCCAGCCCCGGUGGAUUAAGUUCUUUGUGUGCACGCGAGUGUGCCUGGAUGGAAGCUGCUCCCGCAAAACCGGCUGCGGGGCUUGCGGGGAGCAUCCUCUAGGUCAGGGAGCCCUCCUGGAGGAGGGGGAGACCUCCCGUUUUCGUGGCUCUGAGGCGAUGCUGGGACAGUAACACCCUUGGCAGGCAGCACAGUGCUUCAGGAUGGCCGUCUAUGCCCUCACGGGUUUCUCGCUCGUCAGCCUGCUCAGCUUUGGCUAUUUGUCUUGGGACUGGAUGAAGCCCAGUUUGGUGGCCGAUGUGGCCACAGACCCCAUGGAGAAAUCACUGCCUCCCACCUUCACCAGGCCGCCCCAUAUCAUCUUCAUUCUGACCGACGACCAGGGCUACCACGACAUCGGCUACCACGGCUCAGAUAUCCAGACGCCGACGCUGGACAGGCUGGCAGCAGAGGGUGUGAAGCUGGAGAACUACUACAUCCAGCCCAUCUGCACCCCGUCCCGGAGCCAGCUGAUAACUGGCAGGUACCAGAUCCACACAGGGUUGCAGCACUCCAUCAUCCGCCCUCGGCAGCCCAACUGCCUGCCCCUCGACCAGGUCACUCUGCCACAGAAGCUGCAGGAAGCCGGCUACUCCACGCACAUGGUGGGCAAGUGGCACCUUGGCUUCUACAAGAAGGAGUGCCUGCCCACUCGCCGGGGCUUUGACACCUUCCUGGGCUCCCUGACAGGCAACGUGGAUUACUACACCUACGACAACUGCGACGGGCCGGACGUCUGCGGCUAUGACCUGCACGAGGGGGAGGACGUGGCUUGGGACCAGAGUGGGAAGUAUUCCACCUUCCUCUAUGCCCAGCGUGUCAGCAAGAUCCUGGCAUCCCACAGCCCCAAGGAGCCCAUCUUCAUCUACGUGGCCUUCCAAGCGGUGCACACGCCCCUGCAGUCCCCCAAGGAGUACAUCUACCGCUACCGCUCCAUGGGCAACGUUGCCCGCCGCAAGUAUGCGGCCAUGGUGACCUGCAUGGACGAGGCGGUGAAGAACAUCACCUGGGCCCUCAAGAAGUAUGGGUAUUAUGAUAACAGUGUGAUCGUGUUCUCCACGGACAACGGCGGGCAGACCUUCUCCGGGGGAAGCAACUGGCCGCUACGGGGUCGCAAAGGGACGUAUUGGGAAGGGGGAGUGCGUGGCAUUGGUUUUGUCCACAGUCCCCUGAUCAAGCGCAAGCGUCGGACAAGCUGGGCGCUGGUUCACAUUACAGACUGGUACCCUACUCUGGUCAGCCUGGCCAGGGGCAACCUGAGCAAUGUCCAAGGCUUGGAUGGCUAUGAUGUCUGGCCUGCUAUCAGUGAGGGUAAAGAGUCGCCACGCACCGAAAUCCUGCACAACAUCGACCCCUUGUACAACCAUGCCAAGUACGGCUCCUUGGAGGACGGCUUUGGCAUCUGGAACACGGCUGUGCAAGCUUCCAUCCGGGUCGGGGAGUGGAAGCUCCUCACUGGUGACCCAGGGUACAGUGACUGGAUACCCCCACAGACCCUGACCAACUUCCCAGGGAGCUGGUGGAACCUGGAGCGUCUCACUGAUGGCCUGAGAAAGUCCGUGUGGCUCUUCAACAUCACCGCUGACCCCUACGAGCGCUACGACCUCUCAGAGCAGCGCCCAGACGUGGUCAGGAGCCUCCUGAUGAGGCUCGUGCACUACAACCGCACAGCCAUCCCAGUGCGGUACCCUGCGGAGAACCCCCGCGCUCACCCAGACUUCAACGGCGGUGCCUGGGGACCUUGGGCCAGUGAGGAUGAUGGGGAGGAGUGGGAAGGAGGCCGGGAGUCCCUGAAAAGCAGGAACAAGAAGAAGAAGAAGUGCAAGAUCUGCAAGCUGCGCUCCUUCUUCCGCAAGCUGAACACUAGGCUCAUGUCCAACCGCAUCUGACAGGACACUCCCCCAGCAUCCACCCAUCCUGGCCAGGGUGGAGCUCUGGACUGCAGUGCCAUGGGAUGGGAGUGAGGGACAGGCAGGGAGGUGGCCAGUGCUCUCUUGCUCUCCCUGCUCCAGGGUUCACUCCAAAACACUUCUCCUCCCUGGCUGGAGUGGUGGCCACAGGGAGUUGCUCCCAGUGGGUGAGGAAGGGUGAUGUGGUCUCUGCUGCAGUGCUUGGUGGUGGUGAAUGAUUGUGCUGAGCUGGGCUGGCCCUGCACAGCUGCUUCCAAAGAGAGAGACCCUUUCCUCAAGGAUUCUGCAGCCAAUCAUAAGCUUUAAGUGUUGGCCAUUGCAAGGGCAGGAGGAAGCAUGGGAGUCUCUGCCUUCACAUUAACCCUCGCCAUUUUCCUCUAUUUGCUCCUGGCUUGCAGCCUGCUGCCAAGCAGCUGCAACCUCUGCUCUUGCUCUGAGAACUUGAGGGCCUCCCCCAAACCCAAGACCAUGUUGCUUCUUUGUGGCGGGAUGGAUUCCUGACCAUGGACGUCAGAGUUGAGAUCAACGUGGCUGGACUAAGUCAUGCUGCUACAGUGACCUCAUGUGGGGCUAUGGCUUUCCCUCUCCCCUGGCUUGGGGGGCGGGGAGCAGCCCUGAUGAGGAGCUGUGGCCCAUGGAGUCAUGGUUGGAUGCUCCCAGAGGACAGGUGGUUCUCUUUGGCCCCACAUUUGGGAGGCAGGUUUGCCUCAGGCUCUGGUGGUGGACUCUACAUGGGUCAGCUACCCAGCAGAGCCUUUCACCCAACAUUUGCCUAGACACCCCCAUCCUGUGCAAGCCUCUAGGCACCCCUGUUCCUCCCUGUGAAUCCUACACAUCCAAUCAGCCAGCCACACUGUCUGCCCCUUCCCACUGCUGGAGCUGUCCCUGUCCCUGUCCCUGUCCCUGUCCCUGUCCCUGUCCCUGUCCCUGUCCCUGUCCCCACAUCCCAUUGCUGAACCUGGGGCAGAGAGAAGAUCUCAAGAAGGUCUCUGCAGAAGCUGAUCUGCUGUUAUGUAGAUGCAGGACUUUUGAAGCCAUGGUAGAGGACGGGGAUGAUGGGGCCGUCUCCUGCCUGCCAGCCCCACGCCACAUCCCCUCCUCACAGAUGGGCACUACUCUUCCAGCAGCACACGUGUGGGGAGGAAAACACCUCCCCAUCAUCCACUGCUGAGGGGAGGCAGCCCUGGGAUUGCCAGGGGCCAGGGAAGCCAGCAGAGCUCCGGGCCCCCGCGCCUUCAGCAGGGUGAGAGCGCGCAUACGUGCGCUCACAGGAGAGCUGGCGAGGAUGGAAGGGGGUAAAUAGCUUUAAAAUCGUUUUGGAUGCAUGGUGCAUUUCCAUUUACACAAUGUGUUUUACAUUUCUCCCCACAGGUUUCUCUUGGUGCAGCGUGUGUAGGCGAAGGCCCUGCUGUGAAUUUUGAAAAUAGUUAUUUUUGUCUCUGGAAAAUGAGGCCCGUUAGGACUUGUCAGCUCUUGGAUGAGCAGUGUGGGCUUUCUAUUUUUUUUCUUUUCCCCCCUCUCUUUCUCCCUUGCAAAAUAACAUUCAUUUAAAAUCUGUCAUUGAAAGAUGUGACAAUUGGCAGCAUGAACACUGAAUACCUUUCAGUGCUCUUUCAAGCCCUGUGUGUGAGAGAGGGAUGAGGAUGGGAAGAAAAUGACAUGUUUGUAUUUUUUUUUUCUUACUCUUAGCUGGAUUAUUUGGGGGUAUUGGGAUUUUCUAUAGAAACAAAGGAAAAAAACAGCUGACAGCAAGGCAGAAGAGAGGAGGCCUCUUCUUGUAGAGCUGGGAAGGAGUUUGAAAAGCUGGAGUGUGGCAGUGUGUGCGCCAGUCCCCGCAGCUCUGCACACGCCCAUCGCUGUGCCAUCCCACCCCACUGGCUCCUGCAUCCCUGCAUCCCUGCAGGCACAUCCCAAGCACAGGGUUCAGAGGGGGCUCAGCUCCUCCAUCAGCCCCAUCUCCAUCCCUGCUCCCUUAGCAUGUUUCUCCGAGAGGACUGGUCCCCAUGGCAUCGCCUGGCUGGAGGUGAGCCCAAGAGGAUGCUCCACAUCCUCAAACUACCUCAAAUCAAACCAGCCAGCCUGGUCCCUGGGGAUGUGCACCACCAGCGGAACUGCGGCACCGGCUGCCAUUUGGCAAAGCCAAGCAGUUGCUGAAAAUAAAGCAACACUUUGCUGAAGAAGAGGAGGCUGCUGCAAGCAGAGCCAAAGCCAGGGGAGAGCAGGGUGUGAUGCUGCAGGGGCUUGAGAACAAAUAUUAGCUAAGGGAGAGUUGGUGCUGAAGGGAAUGGGAGAGCAGGGCUAGACAUGAGGUGGUUACAAGGUUCGGGAAACAGCUUUCAUUUCCAUAUUUACAUAAAUGCAUCCAAGUUUAGUCUUUAUUUUAUUUUUCUUCAAAAAUGGAAAUUUCCAUGAAAACAUGCUCAAUCUUUCUCCCUUCACUUUUUACUAACAUCCCCAUGAAAAUGUUCGUCUGGUAACACUUCCUCUUUCCAGAUUUGGAUCUGCUGGGCUGAUGCUGGGUUUGCAGUCAGCCUGGCCACAGUGGUGGAUCUGUUGUCAUCUGUAUUUUUAAUUAAAAAGAGUUGGAUUCUG